ACUUACCUCAGCAUCUACAGGUGAUGAUCAACAUUCUUCGCUCUGAAGACCGCAUCAAAUUGGCGGUGCGGUUAGAGAGCGCGUGGUCAGACCGUGUGCGGUACAUGGUGGUAGUCUACACAAAUGGCCGUCAAGACACUGAGGAAAACAUCUUACUGGGCAUGGACUUCAGCAACAAAGACAGUAAGAACUGCUCUAUUGGGAUGGUGCUGCCACUGUGGAGUGACACCAAGAUUCAUUUAGAUGGUGAUGGGGGCUUCAGUGUGACUACUGCCGGGCACACACACAUCUUCAAGCCAGUGUCAGUCCAGGCCAUGUGGUCAGCACUGCAGAUUUUACACAAGGCAUGUGAGGUGUCACGAAGGUACAACUAUUUCCCCGGUGGCAUGGCACUCACAUGGAUGGGGUACUAUGAGAGCUGUAUCAGCUCAGAACAGAGCUGCAUCAACGAGUGGAACGCCAUGCUGGACCUGGAAACAUUGCGACCCGACUCUCCUGCAGUCUUUGUUAACAAGCCAACAGAGAGGGAAAGAACAGAAUGUUUAAUCAAAGCUAAACUCAGGAGUAUCAUGAUGUGCCAGGACCUUGAAAAUGUCACGUCCAAAGAGAUUCGUAAUGAGCUAGAGCAACAGAUGAACUGCAACCUGAAAGAGUACAAAGAGUUCAUUGAUAAUGAGAUGCUGCUUAUUCUUGGGCAGAUGGACAAAGCCACGCUCAUCUUUGACCACCUCUAUCUGGGUUCUGAAUGGAAUGCUUCAAAUCUAGAGGAGCUUCAGGAAACUGGGGUGGGCUACAUCUUAAAUGUUACGAGGGAAAUAGAUAACUUUUUCCCAGGAACAUUUUGCUAUCAUAAUGUCCGAGUGUAUGACAACGAGACCACAGACUUACUCGCUCACUGGAACGAGACCUACAACUUCAUUGUCAAAGCAAAAAAGAAUCAGUCCAAAUGUUUGGUUCACUGUAAGAUGGGCGUAAGCCGCUCGGCCUCUACGGUAAUAGCAUAUGCCAUGAAAGAGUACGGCUGGUCUCUGGAAAAAGCGUACAACUUCGUCAAACAGAAGCGCAGUAUCACCCGUCCCAAUGCUAGCUUCAUGAGACAGCUGGCGGAGUAUGAGGGUAUACUGGAUGCCAGUAAGCAGCGUCAUAACCGUCUGUGGCAUCCUGAUUCAGAUUGCGAUCACCCUGAUUGCCAGCAAGCAGCUUCCCCUUGCUGUGUGAACUCUGAGACUGUGGAUCAUGUCACCCCAGACCCCACAAACCCCAGGGUCACCGUAUGCUGUGAGCCUACCGCCCACUCCUCUCCAAUUAGCUUAGAUCUGGACCCCAGCCACCCGCAAAACUACCAGUACUACUUCCGUCGCCUGUCAGACUCAGCCCUCGACAGUGAAACUUCCACGCCGAUCCAUGCACCGCCUCUGGUGGAUGUAGAUCGUGUCUACAUCGAGGUUGCAGAUGUGGAGCAAGAUGCGCUUCUUGAUGAUGAAACCUUUGAGGGGCGUGAAGGCCUUCCUUUACCACACUUCGGUGUCCCAGGAGAGGGCACAGCUGCUCAGACCUGUUCUCGAGGGGCGGAGCCUCUGGAGGAGCUACGUCUACGGUUGGAGUUCAGCACGGUGGAAGAAGAGGAUGAGGAUGAGGCUCAGAAAGAGCAAGCUGAAAUGGAGGCAUUAACAGAGGGAGUGAAGAGAGGAGAUGGGAAUGACAGAGGACGGCAAGAUAGUGAGGAGUUGUCGAAUGAAACGGGGAUUGAUCUCGCAAGCCUGAACCAUCUGUGCAACGAGAACUCAAACAACAACAACCACCUCAGAACGCAACAAAAUCUCACUGAAAGUGCCCAUCUGAAGCAGCAUGCUAAGCCGAGGCUUGCUCCUGGUUCGUCAUUCGCUUCCAAGCCCACCCAGACUGCUGUGUUGGAGGCUAACAGACGAGGCCUUGCCCCUUUACCCCUCAGCAGUGUGCCCAGUAUCUCAAUUCAGACACCACCCUGUGCCAACUUGUCCGUCACAGCCAAGAAUGGCAAACUUGCCUCAGAUCCGUGCCUUGAUGCCAAUGCAAUGUCCUUAGGGCAUAAAGAUAAGCCAGAAAGCAAAUCUCUUGACCAGGAAACUGAUAACCGGACACUACUGUUUGAAGCCAAAGGGGAAGGAGAUUCUGAACAGAAAGAGAUUGAUGCACAGGGUUCCUCUGCUCUACUCAGGAACGAAAGAGAGAUAAAGGGUUUGGAGAAGGCAGAGGCGUCUUGUUCUCCACAACAACAAGAGACUCUGGUACAGCUGCAACGCUCCGGCCUUGUUCGCCGCCGAAAAGAGCGCUUGGAAAAACUUUCCGGUCUCUUUCAGGAGCGUGCACGUGCAAAUGAGCAACGGGGAACUGGUUCAAUCAAAUCCAAGGAUGCAAUGAACAAUUCCACUGAUUCAACCGGCCCUCUCAACAGGCCCAUUGGAACACGGGCAGAUUUCACUACCGAAGUGGCGGUGCCACUGACGAACGAGGCCUUGUUAGCGGUCCUCGGCUCGGGUGGUUUGACGCCAGUCUCGUCCCCGCAUGGCUCCACGCUCACCCGCAGCUCCAGCAGCGACAGCCUCCGCAGCGUCCGUGGCAAACCGGGCCUUGUGCGUCAACGUACGCAAGAAAUCGAAGCCCGGAUGCGACUUGCAGGACUUACUGUACCUUCUCGACUGAAGCGCUCCAACUCACUCGCCAAACUGGGCAGCCUAACCUUCUCGUCUGAAGACUUGUGCUCGGUGUGCUCCUCUGAUGCAGGGACCCUUCUCAUGCUCUCUUUGUCCCCAGAACCCGAGCAUUCACUCAGCCCGGAAUGGGCCAGACCUGGGCCCUCUUCCACCUCCUCAACCUCCACAAACAUGGAGGCCUUCAACCAAGCUGAAGCAGGACCUGAAGAGUCCAAGAGCUGACAGCAGGUGAUUCAGCUUCACCUGUAGUUCUGCAACAAUGUUACUCUGAGAUAUUUAUACUUAUAUAUUUUUUAAACAUUUCAGCCACUUGGGAACAUCGGCCAUUCACAGAAGAGUGAAUGUGAGUGGAAGAGUGUCUUCUACAAAAGAAUCGCUUUCUGUUAUGAAUAUAAACAUAAUAUUCAAUGAAUCCAAAAUCUUCUGGACAGGCUUUCGUUGCAUGGAACCCAAAUGGAUGUGUAUUGCACUGACUGAUGAACAGUUCAUGAGGUUUUCACUUCACUUCCUCUCUGCUGUCCUGAAGCAAAAUAAGCACUCGGCAUCCCAGAGGCCAUUACUUGAAAGCAUCAAAAUAGACCAUUGUGUAAUUUUUCCAUCAGCCCACCCAUUUAUCACACCAUGAAUCACCUUAUUUGUGGCCCUGUUUGAGUCACAGAUUCUUUCGGACAUGGUCACACAUUUGAAAAGGGUUUUCAAAUCAUACACCCUGCUCUGUUCUCGCUUCCUGGCUGGACGGUAAAAGGAAAUGGACUCUUUGCAGUGAUUAGGAAAGUUCUUUGAGUGCUGAUUGACUUUUUUAUCAUUCACAGAGCACUGAUGAUUCACUCACAGGUUUCAAACUAAUACCUCAUACCAAUACAGUACUGUUCAUAAGCCAGGCAGAUAACGAAACAGGGUGACUGGCAGCACUUCAGUGUUUGCACACAGCGCAGACUGUGUGGAGACUCAUUGGGAAAGAGGAGAUCUGUUUGGGAUUCUUCUUUCGGAUACUUGAUGAGGGUGAUGAAAGACAAUCAUUUUGAAGGAUAAAGAAAAUCAGAGGCGACUUCAAGCUGCUGUUCUCCUUCCGCUGAAACGUUCAUACAUGCAGUUGCUAUUCUUAUGAAUGUGACUGUCCAUGUUGCUGUCAAAAUAGCAGUAGGACUUUUGGGUAAUGUUUGGGUCACUAUUACUGUAACAGUCUCUAGCACAUACAUGUACUUGUAAAGAUUUGAUAUCAACGGGAGCUCCUCCACUGUAGUUUCUCUAGCAGAGCAGCUGCUCCAUGUUUCCAAAUGUGAUACAAAUCAGUCAUUUACCCAGUUAAGGAACGACUGUUAUUUGUUACAUGUCUCCUGUUCUAACGCGUUGUCCUGUUUGUACUUGCUGUCAGUUUUCCAUAAUGAAAUCAAAGUAAGGUAGAUUGGCCUUUUGAACCAAAUCUAUACAGAAGUAGAACUGAAGAAUGCUCUGAAACAAGAUAAUACAACACAAGUCAAAGAUAUGUCAUGGUUUCAACAGCUGUUCACCUCUGAGUGUGUGUAUCUCUAUGGGAAAAUCUCAUGAAAGCAUGUCCAGGUUACAUUUUGCCCCAAAAUCAAACGAGAAAUAUAAGAAAUUAUAUUUUGUAUUUAGGAACUGAAAUUAUAUUUUUAUU